GGUUUUGCAUUGAGCAGAGGCAUUUCAGUCAGGGCACACAUGCUUCAGCUGUGAGAGGCCCCACUCCCCUUGGCUGGCUGGCAUCCCAAAGCAGAGGCAGAGAGAGGCAGAGAGGGCUGACUGAGAGAGAUUGAAGCCGAGGAAAGGUUUCACAUCUAAAGAGGCAGAAAAACUGAUUAUCUAAGAAGAAGAAAAAAAGACUAGAGGUUCCCCAAUCAAUACACUUUUUGGUAAAGAGUAAGUAUAUUUAGUUGUCAGGAAUGGCAGAUACAGUUGUCAAAAAGGAGCUCGCCACCCAUGCAGAUGUACCCUACGAUGAUGAAGAAGUUGCUCUUGUUGCUGCUGCAACAGAGCCAGCAGUAGACGAUGAUCCAGCUGAAGAGGUGGAUCUGGUGCUGGAUGGAGGCUCCGGAGGCAAAAGUGAAGCUCAGAUGAACGGGGUCAUGGUUCUCUCUCUGUUAGACAAGAUCAUCGGUGUGGUAGACAAGAUCCAGCAGACCCAGAACGGACUGGAGGCUCGGCAAGAGGCAAUGGAGAAGUCAGUGUCAACCAUCCAAGGGGAGCUGGCAAAGUUGUCCAAGAACCACGUCGACACUGCCAACACUGUCAAUAAAAUGCUGGACAAAGUGCGCAAGGUUAGCGUCAACGUCAAGACGGUGCGCAGCAACCUGGAGAAGCAGGCGGGCCAGAUCAAGAAGCUGGAGAGCAACGAGCAUGAGCUGCUUAAGAGACGCAACUUCAAAGUCCUCAUCUACCAGGACCAAGUGAAGACACCAAAAGAAUCCAAAACCAGGACAGCAGAGACAGUUGAAGGCCAAUCAGUGGAGGGCCUGGAGCAAAUACCUGAGGAAGGACAAGAUGGAGUGAAAGCAAGUCUAAAUUCAGAUGAAGAAAUCGAAGUUGAGGAGAUUAUUGAAGAGUCUCGUACAAAGCGUCUCCAACGCAGCACCAAGCAGCAAGUGGACAACAUAAAAAAGGCCUUCUCCAAAGAGCAAAUGGAGAAGACCAAAAUAAAGACCAAGGAGAACCUGGAAAAGACUAAGCAGAGGACCCGUGAGAACCUGGAGAAGACCAGGCAGAAAACGCGUGACAAUCUGGAGAAGACGAAGCACAACCUUGAGAAAAAGAUCAAUAAAAUUGGAUCCCGCAUGACCCCCAAACAGGAGCGGAGGGCAAAGAUAAAAAGCUCCAAAGAUAAGUUCAAGAAAUCCCUCACCCCUGAUCACACAGUCUAUGCUCGCUCCAAGAAUACCGUGUAUCGGGUUCCCCCCUUUACCUUUCAUGUUAAGAAGGUCCGCGAGGGGGAGGAGGAGGUAGUGCAAAACACAGAGAUUGUGGAGGUGACCGAUGGAGAGGAACAGCAAGGAGAGGAGAAUGGGCUGGGUGUGGAGGUGGAGGAAGGAGAGCUGGUGAAUGUAGAUGGUCCAGAUAUGCAGGAUCUGGUAGAGAUGAAAGAGGACCCUCAGCUGGUCAGGGUGGAACCAGAGCAUCUAAAGAAGGUGGGAAGUGAAUAAAGGCACAGGAAGACAAGUAACGAAAGGGAAGGAAACAUUGGUAAAUGAAUGAGUCGAAUUGAAGGGACACAGCAAGAAUCCUAGAGACUUUCAUUGAGGUGAUUACAGUCUGACACCUCAUUUGUUCUCUGUUUAUUUUACCUGACAAUGAUGAUUUUCAUGUUUGCUCAUGUCUGUUUUGCAAAUUAUAGAUAUAUAAAGUACAUAUAAAAGCAGUGCUAAUUUUUGAAAUAGAUUAUUAUGCUAAACUUAUUUCUUUCAAGUGUUUGGUUUUCUUUAUUUUUUGGUUUAACUAGAUGCCUGUCUGUAAGGAAGGCACACUAAAAGUUUUAUUACCUCAUAAUUAUGAAAUUAUGUUUGAUCUUUGACAUGUUUGGCAUGCAUGUUGAUAUGUAUGAUUAGUGGUGGUUUUGAUAUGGGUGAUGUGGCUUUGUACCCAGGGUGGCACACAGCCUGGGGGUUAACCUGAGGCUUAUAAAUAAAUACAAAAUGUGUAAUUUGCACCCUGACCUUGUUUUCUAUGGCAUAUAUGCAUGUUUAAUCCGUAGGUGUGGGAGUCUUCCUUAGGUGUUGAAACUAGAUAAAUAGUGGUGCAGUUUUGAGUUUUGCCAAAGCUGGCAUCUGAUCAUUAUAAUUUGGUAGUGCGUUAGGUUCUACCUAUUUGUUUUCAAUGAGAAUGUAUUGCAUUUGACUGUCUAUAGUUAUAAAAUAUACACAUUUAUAAUUCAGUUCCGGAACAAGCUCAGCAUCCUUCUCUCCUAUCCACUGUCAAACAGACAUUCAACCCCCCUCUGACCCAGAGCUCCCCUCUCACACUUCAGUGUUUUAUUUUUCACCUCUACCAUGGACCCUCUUGUCUCUAUGUGUUUUUCCUCAACCAAAUCAGAACAUAGUGCUGCUCCCUCUGCCUUUCACCUGUCUGUCUUUAGAAGUCCUGUGAAUAUGGCAACUGGAGAGAAUGAAUCGCAGUAAGUCAUCACGUCCAGAUGUUGUCAGUCCCAGAGUCCUGAAUGUCUGUACAGAGCAGCUUUGCGGGAUUCUUCUGCACAUCUUCAACCAUAGUCUUACCCAAGAAAGGUGUCAUUGAUGUGGAAGACCUCCUACCUUGUUCUGCUACCAAACAAAACUUAGCCAACAAUCCUCACUGACUAUAUAUCUGCGGGCCUGACAUCCCAAAUAUGAGAGAGACUUCAGUUGUUCACCUCAGCAAAUAAACAAGCAGCUAUCAGGACCCUCUGCAGUUUGCUUUUCGCCUUGGAGUUGAAGUUGAAGAUGUCUUCACACACCUGCUUCAACAAACCCACUGUUUUUCAGACAAGGAAGACAGCACUGUGAGGAAAAGGUUAUUUGAUUUCUCUAGAACAUGUAACAUGAUUCAUCCUGGUUUUAUUUUGUCAGAACCUCCAGAAGACUCAUGUGGAGGCAUCAACAGUUGCAUGGAUCAUAGACCACCUGACAAACAGACCACAGUUUGUUAAACAGCAGCAUCAACUGUCUAAUCAAGUAGUCAUGAGCACCACAGGGGACAGUGCUCUCACCAUUCCUUUUUACUUCUAUACACCUCUGACUUCCAGCACCAGACAGAGUCCUGUCAUAUGCAGAAAUACUCAGAUGACUCUGCAAUCAUUGGGUGCAUCACAGAUGAACAAGAAGCUGAGUACAAGGAGAUUUUGAACUGCUUUGCGGAACGAUGUAGAAAUAAUCAUCUAAAACUAAAGGCGAACAAAACAAGGAAGAGGAUUGUAGAUUUCAGCAGAAACAGUAACAAAUUAAAUCCCAUUAGCAUCAUGGAAGAAGUGGAUGUAAUGGAGGAGUAUCAAUACCUUGGCAUUCACCUGGACAACAAACUUCACUGGAGACACAACUGUGAAGUUGUCUAAAAGAAAGGACAGAGCAGACUAUACUUAUUUAGGAAACUUAGGUUUCCUUGGGUAUUUGCAGCAAGAUGCUGCAUAUCUUUUAUAAGUCUGUUGUGGAAAAACUAUUAUCUUCUGCUAUCAUCUGCUGGGGUAGCAGCUUCAGAGCAAUUUACCUAAAAAGCUCAACAGACUGAUAAAGAAUGCUAGCUCUGUUCUAGGGACUCCUCAAACCUUCUGGAGAUUAUUUCACAAAGAAGAUUUUUUCAUAAAAUGAAGAGUAUGGGGACAACAGUGAGCAUCCUUUUCAGAAGAUUGUUAAUCACCAACAGACUGUCUUUGGUCAAGGGCUUCACCAGCUGCGGUGCUGGACAGACAACAACAGAAGAUCCUUUCUGCAAACUCAUUGACAAAAAAACGCGGGUUAAUGCAACAUUUAGUAUCUAUUAAAUCAAUAGAUUCUAAAUCAAUAAAAUGUGUUCAAAUUGAAUGGAAUUCCAUUUUUUAAAAGCACAAAGGUAUUUCUUGGUUCUAUGCAAAAUUUUAAAUUUGAUUAAAUUGAAAAAUAGUUAAUUGGUCUAAAAAGGAAAAUAAAAAUGCUGAAAGUGUAAGGAUGUCCUUUAGCAAUCUGUCUUGAAGCAGAUCUGGAGAAGCCUUUGUCUGAAGACUCUGUGAUAGUGUUUAACAUUCUACUGAAGAAUUUAGGUAAGCUCCAAAAGUACAAUAUGUAGCCUGGUGAAAUAUGGAAGUUAUUCUACACUGAUUGCAGAUGCUUGAGAGUUUGUGAUUUGUAAAGCAUUUACUCAAUCAUUCAAAUAAAAUGCAAAAAGAAGAAUCAUUAGCUUUGUCAAAAUUAUUGUAUAUUUUAUAUGUAUUUCAUCUACCUGCCUGACUGAACGCAGCUAUCUACACUCAUGAGCAUAUCUGUACAACCAGUAUCAUCAAAUAAUUUCUUGAGCAAAACCUGUCUGACUACAUGGAGCUUAAAAGGGCUUUAAUAAAUGUGAAGAUA